UUCCGAGUUCGCCUUGAUCUUGAGAGUAAUCUCACCCAACUUUCAUCAGUGAGUAAAUGCAAAUAAAUAUGGCAAAAUGCCUUUGAACCACGUUCGAAGUGAAAUUUAAUUGGAGGGAGAUAAUUUGAUGCUGAGAUUACACGCUCCCAUGGCAACGCCUUCACGGCUUUUGUCGGUAUCCCGAAGGGCUUUUUCUGCUGCUUUGAAAUCUGAAGGACCGAGGCCUUUCUCUUGAACUUCUCCAUGAUUAGGCUUGUACCAUUGAGCACCACUUCCCUUGAAAAUUGCAACAGUUACAUACGAUUAAAUUAUAGUCUACAAGUGUAGAAAUGAAAAUAAGGCUACAUUUAGUUCUAGGAGCGAGCAUAACUUGUGACAUGAUGGAGGAUGCAAAUAUCGCAGGUAAAACAGCUGCUAGAGAAUGACGAUAAAGGGCAUGUCAUUGCCACUUGCCGUAAUCCUAAUGGAUCAAUUGGGCUUGUCAAUCUGAAGGAUAAAUUUGCUGAACGUUUAAGAACUUUACCGUUGGAUGUGACUGUUGAGAGCACAAUUGAGGCAACAGCGAGGGAAAUAAAGGAGACACAUGGCCAUCUAAACCUUCUCAUCAACGCAUCUGGCAUUCUUUCUAUACCAGAAGUAUUGCACCCAGAGACAACAUUGAGCAAGGUGGAGAAGUCAUCUUUGAUGCUUGCUUACGAGGUUAAUGCCGUAGGUCCUAUCUUAGUAAUUAAGCACAUGUGGCCUCUCCUAAAAGUUGGAGGAGGUUUUGGGACUGAAAGAAGUGUUGCUGUCGUUGCUAGUUUGAGUGCAAGGGUAGGAUCUAUUGGGGACAACCGCCUUGGGGGUUGGCACUCCUAUCGGUCUUCAAAGGCUGCUCUUAAUCAAUUAACAAAGACUAUUUCAGUGGAACUUGCAAGAAAGAAGGAUCCAAUUGCAUGCAUUCUUUUGCACCCUGGGACAGUUGACACAGAUCUUUCUAAGCCAUUCCAAAGGAAUGUUUCCAAAGACAAGCUCUUCACCAAGGAGUUCUCAGCGCAAAAGCUCCUAACUAUCAUUAACAAUGUCAAGAAGCAUGACAAUGGCAAGUUCUUUGCUUGGGACGGUCAGGAAAUUCCUUGGUAAUCCUUUGUCAUAUUUUGUAACAACCAUAGUGCUUAUAGUACUCCUUACCUAAUUUGAAAGUUUAUGUCAGUCAUAUAUGUGAAACCUAUUUGACAUGUUUAUGAUUUUUUUUUAAAUUAA